GUUCACAAGCGUACUGGUCGUUGCGCCGCAGAGUUCUUACGGCUUCUUCGUCGAGCGGUCUACGGAUUGUGUGCAAAUUUUUGUUCCAGAAUACCUUGGCUGUUUGCAAGUUCAGUGUCAAUGUCUGACUGGUGGAUUAUUCUCUAGCUGAGACCGGAUACGGACGCAGGACUCGGGCAGGCGCUUCAGGAAAUAUUCUUACGGAUUCGGGAACCGACGCUUCGUGAAGAUUUAGUGAAGUGAUUUAGCAAACCUAUUAGGAAGAAGGUUCAACGUGUAUAGUGAAACGGAAGUGGUGCUUAGUGAAAUUUUACGUUGGGAAUUUGGGUAUACUAUUUAGGUGUUUUAAAGUGAUCUUACAAACAGUACAAACUAGAAAAAAUGGGUACAAGGAUUGAAAACCCUGCGAUUGAACACCGUGCCAAGCCUCCCGUGCCCGGCGAAGAGAUCGUGAUUGCUGGAAUUUCUGGGCGUUUCCCCAAUUCGGACAAUGUUCGCGAAUACGCUCACAACCUGUACAACAAGAUCGACAUGGUGGACGAACUGGAAACUCGUUGGCGUCACAGCAAUGUGGAAAUUCCUCGCCGUAUGGGAAAGGUUAACAAUUUGGAAAAGUUCGACGCUACGUUCUUCGGUGUGCAUUUCAAGCAGGCCCACACCAUGGAUCCGCAAUGCCGUAUUUUAGUGGAGCACGCGUACGAAGCAGUUAUCGAUGCCGGUGUGAAUCCUAAGAGUCUUCGAGGAUCGCGUACAGGCGUGUUCGUCGGUGCAUGUUUCGCCGAAUCGGAGAAGACUUGGUUCUACGAAAAGAUUUCCUCUGGUGGAUUCGGUAUCACUGGAUGCUCCCGUGCUAUGAUGGCCAACCGUAUAUCAUACACAAUGGGUCUGAAUGGGCCUUCCUUCCUCUUGGACACCGCUUGUAGUAGUUCGAUGUAUGCUUUGGAUUGUGCAUUCAACGCUAUUCGUAAUGGAGAAUGCGAUGCAGCUAUCGUUGGAGGAUCGAACUUGUUGCUGCAUCCUUACGUAACUCUGCAGUUCGCUCGUCUUGGAGUUUUGGCUGCCGAUGGAUACUGUCGCCCGUUCGACAAGGACGCUUCCGGAUAUACCCGUUCGGAAGCCAUUUGUGUUGUUUUCCUACAGAAGGCCAAAGAUGCCAAGCGAAUCUACGCAGAUGUUGUUUACUCGAAGACUAACUGCGAUGGGUUCAAAGAGGAGGGUAUCACAUAUCCUUCUGGUCCGAUGCAAUGUAAAUUGCUUUCGGAAUUCUAUCAAGAAAUCAACAUGGACCCAUCGACUGUCGACUACGUAGAAGCUCACAGUACCGGCACUGUAGUUGGAGAUCCAGAGGAAUGCAAUGGCUUGGACAAGGUCUUCUGCCAGGGUCGCAAGAAACCACUGCCUGUCGGAUCGGUUAAGUCCAACAUAGGCCAUUCCGAAUCCAGUUCCGGAAUUUGUUCUAUCAUCAAGUCAGUUUUGGCGUUUGAAAAUCAGAUUAUUCCACCAAAUAUCAACUUUACUGCAGUUAGAGAAGAUAUUCCUGCGUUGGUUGAAGGCCGCUUGUCGGUUAUUUCGGAGCCAACUCCUCUGGAUGGCCCAUUGAUUGCAGUAAACUCUUUCGGUUUCGGUGGUGCCAAUGCACAUGCUUUGCUCAAAGGUAACCCGAAGUUGAAAAUCAACCACGGAAUUCCAGAGGAUAAUUUACCACGUUUAGUCACAUGGUCCGGUAGGACAGAGGAGGCCAUCGACGUCAUACUGACUGAACUGAGCAACAAACAUUUGGAUGCCGAAUAUGUUUCUCUGUUGCACAGCGUUCAGAGCGAGUCUAUUCCUGGAAACGUAUUCCGUGGCUAUGGAGUAUAUGCUAAGAAUGGAACCGAGAAUGCUCUUUGUCUAGGUCGUGAUUGUCAGCAUUAUACAGGUAUGAAGCGCCCGCUAGUUUGGGUGUUCAGCGGUAUGGGAUCCCAAUGGACGGAGAUGGGUACUUCGCUAUUGGAAAUCCCAAUCUUCCGAGACUCGGUGGAGAAAUCAUGUCGUGUUCUAGAGAAAAAGGGAUUGGAUCUUAUGGAAAUUCUUACAUCCAAGGAGUGCAAAUAUGAGAACAUUCUUCACUCGUUUGUGGGAAUUGCAGCCGUACAAAUCGGCAUAGUAGAUGUUCUUCGUUCCCUAGAUAUUGAACCUGACUUUGUCAUUGGGCAUUCAGUCGGAGAACUGGGUUGCGCCUACGCAGACGGAUGCUUCACGGCUGAACAAAUGAUUCUAUCUGCAUAUUCACGAGGUAUGGCCAGUUUGGAGACAAAAACCGUAUUUGGCUCAAUGGCCGCUGUUGGAAUGGGUUAUCGCAAAAUCCGUACAAUGAUUCCUCCGGGUAUUGAAGUAGCCUGCCACAACGGACCGGACUCAUGUACCAUUUCUGGACCCAAAGAGAACGUAGAAGCCUUCGUGAAAGAAUUGACCGGUAAGGGUAUAUUUGCGAAGGAGGUCCCAUGCUCCAACAUUCCUUAUCACAGUAAAUACAUCGCUGAAAUGGGGCCUAGGCUGUUGGCUCGACUCAAUGAAGUUAUUCCGGAACCGAAAAAGCGAUCUGCUAAAUGGUUGAGCUCUUCUGUACCCAAAAUUCGUUGGGAUCAAACGGAAAGCCAGUACUCCUCGGCUCACUAUCAUACAAAUAAUUUGCUAAGUUCGGUACUGUUUGAGGAAACUUCCGCACUAUUACCAAAUAAUGCGAUAACCAUCGAAGUUGCGCCCCAUGGAUUGUUGCAAGCGAUCUUGAAAAAAUCUAUGCCCAAUGCUAUUCACAUUGGCUUGACCAAGCGUGGAAAUAAGGACAACGUCCAAUACAUGUUCAACGCUCUAGGAAAACUGUACGUGAACGGUUUGGACAUCCCGGUAUCCCGUCUUUAUCCUCAGGUGGAAUAUCCCGUCUCACGAGGCACGCCACUUAUUUCGCACUUGGUGCGUUGGGAUCACAGCGAAGAUUGGUUCGUAACGAAAUUCGAAAUGCAGAAGUCCUCGAAGAGUGGCGAACGUCGCGUGAAGAUCAAGCUUAGCGAUCAGGACUUCAGCUACAUCUCCGGUCACGUAAUCGAUGGUCGCGUUUUAUUCCCCGCUACGGCGUACCUUCAUCUGGCUUGGGAAACUCUCGCCAUGGUUAAGGGCCCAAUGUACUUCGACUUGGAAGUUGAGUUUGAAGAUGUGAAGUUCCUGCGAGCUACAUCGAUUGCCAAAGAUCAGGAAAUCGAGUUCACCGUCAUGCUUCAACCAGGAACCGGACGAUUUGAAAUUACGGAAGGAUCUGCCGCAGUCGUUACGGGUUACGUCAAGCACGUUGAAAACAUCCAGCUGUCCGAGAUUCCGGAUCCACCGGAAAGUGAUUUCCCUGUGUUAACCGCUCGUGAUUUCUAUAAGGAGCUGCGUCUGCGUGGUUACCACUACAACGGUGCCUUCCGAGCAGUGCAGGAAGCUCGAGCUGAUGCUCGUUGCGGAAAGGUGAACUGGGAUCUGAACUGGGUUUCGUUCCUCGAUUGUUUACUUCAGUGCUGUAUCGUCGGCAAGGAUACCCGUUCUCUGAUGAUCCCAACUGGAAUCGAGCGCUUACGCAUCGAUCCGAAAAUGCAUCUGGCUAUUGCCAACACCAUGGAGGAAGGAGAGCAAGUGUUCGAUUUCAAAUACUCGGACGUUCUGAACACGAUUCGAUGCGGUGGAAUUGAAGUAAUUGGACUGCAGGCCAGUACAGUCGGACGCAGGAAGCCUCCAGGUUAUCCAGUGCUGGAAUCGUAUCAGUUUAUUCCUCAUCUCCCAGCACCGAAAAUGUCCAAGGCCGAUGCCGUACGGGUGUGUGUUCAACUUGCAUUGGAAAAUAUUCCUGUACCGAAGGUGAAGGCAGUGGAAACGGACUUCCAUAACGAUGUGCCUAUCACGCCACUGUUUGCUGAAGCCUUGGGAGAUCUUCCAUUGGUCACUGCCGAUUUGAUGUUCCUAUCCCAACAGCAACUAUCGUUGGCUGGAGUGCACGUAGAAGAUGGUAAACUGUCAACUCAAUCGAGCUGCCUGUUCUUGAUAUCAGUUAACUGUCUGGGUCGUCCAGAGUUGAUCGAAGAAGCUGCAAACAGCUUGCACGACAGCGGUUUUAUUCUAUCUCGAGAAACGGCAAAUCUUGCCUUAGAUAGCGUUGUGGCUCCGGCUGGAUACCAACUGAUAUCGCUGAUUCCUGUUGAGGAUGAAACUUUCGUCCUUCUACAACGCAUUAAGCGCAAGUACAUGGGAAGCCCGACUAUUGUGUACAUUCCUAAUGAUGAUAAAUUUGAAUGGGUCGCACAGCUGCGUGAAGCGAUGAAGCAAGGCUCUGUUAUUGCGGUGGCUCAAGGCGACAGCAUGUCAGGAAUUCUUGGGCUUGUUAAUUGUAUUCGCAAGGAACCUGAUGGUGGCAUGAUGAGCUGUGUGUUCGUCGAUGACUCUAAGGCACCUGCGUUCGAGCUUGAUCAUCCCAUUUAUAAGUCACAUUUGAAACUUGGCCUUGCGUUGAACGUCUAUCGCAAUGGUCGCUGGGGUUCGUAUCGUCAUCUGCAGCUGCUUCAACCAAUUGUGACAAAACCGAGACGCGACCAUUGCUAUGCCAAUGCUUUAACCAAGGGUGAUUUGUCAUCGAUGACCUGGCUUGGUGGGGCUUACAAUCAGCGCAGACCGACACGUGAACUGGUCAAGGUGUGCUACAGUUCGUUGAACUUCCGUGACGUGAUGUUUGCUUCGGGAAAACUUACAGCAGACUUUGCCAAUUUGUCGCGGCUUGAGCAGCAAUGUGAUCUAGGUUUCGAGUAUUCUGGAGUCACCGAAAGCGGAAAACGUUUGAUGGGUAUGCUGACAACUGGUGCAAUGGCAACUCAUGUUGAAAAUGAUGAAUCGUUGACGUGGAUUGUUCCCGAUAACUGGACUUUGGAGGAGGCGGCUACAGUUCCGGUAGUCUAUGGUACCGUCUACACUGCAUUGUUCCUGAACGCAAAUAUUCAGAAGGGGCAAUCUAUUUUGAUCCACGCUGGCAGUGGAGGCGUAGGUCUGGCAGCCAUCAAUGUAUGUCAAGCAUAUGGACUGGAAGUAUACACAACAGUCGGUACGCAAGCGAAGCGAGACUUCCUGCUACAAACCUUCCCAAAAUUGAAGCCAGAGAACAUCGGAAACUCUCGUGAUACCUCAUUUGAGAAAAUGAUUAUGCUUCGCACAAAUGGCAUGGGCGUAGACUACGUACUGAAUUCACUGUCAGAUGACAAACUGCAGGCUUCGUUGCGCUGCUUGGGAAAAUACGGAAAAUUCUUGGAAAUCGGAAAAUACGACAUGGCCAAUGACAGCAAAUUGGGUCUGCACAGAUUCCUGCGAGCUCUUUCGUUCACCGCAAUUUUGGUAGAUUUCCUGUUUACAGCUCCCUUGGAGGAAAAGCAAGUCCUCCGUGAUCUGGUGGAUAAGGAUAUCAAGGCCGGAGUCGUAAAGCCUCUGAAGACCAAUGUUUUCCCUGCCAGUGAGAUUGAGAACGCCUUCCGAUAUCUGGCAAGCGGAAAGCACGUCGGAAAGGUCCUGCUGAAAAUACGAGAAAACCCCAGCGACGUAGAUUCGGUGCCGAUCGCCUAUCUUCCACGAAUGUACUGCAACCCGGACCAUGCGUACAUCAUCGCCGGCGGCUUGGGUGGAUUUGGGUUGGAGCUUGCUGAUUGGCUCGUACUACGUGGAUGCCGUAAGCUAGUGAUGAGUUCAAGCCGGGGCAUUACUAAGCCAUACCAAGCAUAUAGGAUUAAAAUGUGGGAGCAAUACGGAGUUAAGGUACUAGUGAAUACCGAGGACAUUACAACCAAGAAGGGAUGCGAGGCACUAAUUUUGGCAGCCAUCAAAUUAGGCCCAGUCGGUGGUAUCUACAACCUGGCAGUACAGUUGCGCGAUGGCAUCUUCGAAAACCAGAGUGUUCAAAAGUUCAUCGAAAGUAUGGGUCCGAAGGCAAUGGCAACCAAGCACUUGGAUGAGCUUAGUCGCAAACUUUGCCCCAGCCUUUCGUACUUCGUGGUAUUCUCAAGUGUUUCUUGCGGUCGUGGAAAUGCUGGCCAGAGCAAUUACGGAAUGGCAAACUCUGUAAUGGAACGUAUCAUCGAACACCGACAUGCUAACGGACUGCCGGCCAAGGCAGUUCAAUGGGGAGCCGUUGGUGAAGUGGGUUUGGUGGCGGACAUGCAGGAAGAUAAACUUGACAUGGAAAUCGGUGGUACUCUACAGCAAAGAAUAUCUUCCUGUCUUCAGGAGUUAGACCCUCUGCUAACAACUCCGGACCCAAUCGUUGCCAGUAUGGUUGUCGCAGAGAAGCGUGUCAGAAGCACCGGAAAGGACAACAUCAUUGAAUCUGUCAUGAAUAUUAUGAGCAUCCGUGAUAUCAAAUCCGUAUCGAUGGAUACUACGCUGUCUGAGCUCGGAAUGGACUCCCUGAUGGCCGUGGAAAUCAAACAGACCCUCGAACGCGAAUAUGAAUUGUUCCUUACGCCCCAGGAUCUACGGUCACUGACAUUCUUGAAGCUUCAAGAGCUUACCGAAGCGAAAGCAUCUUCCGAUGACAACGUCAAACUCAAGUUGGCCAAUGAAAAGACACCAACUGGUGUUGCCAUGCUGUUACGUAACUUGGGCGAUGAAUUCAACAGUGAGCACACGAUCUUGCGCCUACAGUCGGAGAACGAUUCGAAGAAGUACAACGCCUGCGUGCUUCUAACGCCUGGAAUUGAAGGCGUUGCUGGUAAUGCCUGGCACAGCAUCGCUUCACAGUUGACCCUGCCUACAUUCAUCACUCAAUUAACCAAGACAAUCAACAUAGGCAGCAUACCAGAAAUUUGUCAAUUUUUGGCGCAAGAUGUUAUUGAAAAUGUAUUCAAGGGUACUGAACACUUCUACCUUGUUGGUUAUUCGUUCGGUGCAUUCAUCACUUUGGAGCUGGCACGAUUGCUAGAAGAGUCAGGCAAACGAGGAAAGAUUUUGCUGAUUGAUGGAGCACCCAAGUUCUUGCACAAAUUGGCUUUGGAUCAAAUGUCUGAUAACUGGACUGAAGAAACUGUGCAAAUUGUAUUGUUCGCUGGUAUUCUGAACACCAUAUACCCCGACGAGACCACAGAUGUGCUACCCAUCAUUAGCGGAUGCCCCUCGUUCGAAGCGCGAAUGGAUAAACUUCUGGAGCUUACAAAGGAUCAGAAUAUCUACUCCGAAUCCUACCUGAGAAUGAUGACGAAAGCUUUGUUCAACCGUAUAAAGAUUACCCUGCUGUACGACGUCAACAAGAUCACCCCACUGGAAUCCCCAAUCACCUUGGUGCGCCCAACGGAAGUGUCCGUCGUAGACAUCGAAGAGGACUACGGGCUGUCCGAGUACACAAAGGGCACGGUCAGUCUCAAGUUCUUGGAGGGCAACCACAUCACCAUGCUGGAGAAUCCCAAGCUGACGCAAAUCAUUACCGAGUCCGAUCCGGUGCUUGAGUCGGAUCGCUGCUUCCAGAAGUACCUUCAAAGCAAUGUGAUUGCCGAGUAAACACAGCCAGAAGACCAAUACCAAAAAACACGACCACUUAACCCUUCCGAUACGUUGUUGUUUGACAGCCCAGGCACAUUAGAAAAGAAAACGAUCACCAUGUAAUGAGCACAAUCCGAGAAACGAUAAUAAAAGAAAACUUAAUUUAUAAAA